AUGAUGAAACUUCUAUGGGAUCUGAAAAUGAAGUCUGACUGCCUCUGGGUCAGAUGGAUACACUCUUACUUCAUCAAAGGACAUGAUCUGUUUCAUAUGGACAUACCAAAUUCUGCUUCCUGGGUCUACAAGAGCAUACUUAAUACUAGACCUCACAUUACAGAUAUACGUGAGCAGUGGGAUAAUAGUCUGGUGGCAAAGAAAUUUUACAUGAGCAAGAUGUAUAGAGGUUUAUUUCAACUAGAGCCAAAUGUUGUUUGGCACACUCUUCUGGUGGGCAAUAUAGCAAGGCCCCGAGCUCUGUUCUUCCUGUGGCUCACUUGCCAUCAGAAACUUGCCACUAAAUCGAGACUGAAGAAGUUUGGUAUGGCUAUAGACACUAAAUGUUGCUUUUGCCAGGAAGAGGAAACUAAGGAGCAUCUCUUUUUCUGUUGCGAGCCUAUGAUAGCUAUCUGGCAGGAUAUCUUACUGUGGCUUGGGGUAACCCACACGCCUAUUCAUUGGCAGGGAGAACUUGAUUGGAUCAUGAGAUACUGUAGUGGAAAAGGUAAAAAAUGUGGCCUAAUGAAGAUGGCUACUGCUGAAACUAUAUACUUCUGCUGGAAGUAUAGAAAUGACACAUGCUUUGGGGAUACUUAUGAUAGAAACAUAGUUGUAGAUAAUAUAAAUAAUACCUUCAUACAUAGAGGUUGGAGAAUUAGGAAAUAUAGAGAUAGUGUGGCUCAACUAUUGAUGUAA